UGGCUCUGCCAGGCAUGUCGAUAGCACGAACGUGACGAUUCAUGAACUCACCACACUGAGUUCCUGUUUGGGUUGUCACCAUUGACGCAUCCAUCCCUCUGCGCUGUCUUGUAUUCGUUACUUGCCUUCGACCAAGAACAGACUAAAGUGCAGCUUUCGUUUUUUGAAGAACUGCACUGGAUAACGUGUUUCCUGACCGAAGAAAUUUAGUUACUGCAGUUAUGGCACACUCAACUCAUAAUGGCGAAUUGGAAUCUGACAAUGUGCCAGCUGAUUGGUCAGUCAUGAAGAAUCGGGUGAACUCAUUCCAACGGUUUCCAUAUUCUGAAGACAUUUCAGCACAGCGACUGGCCCGAGCGGGCUUUUACUUCACAGGCGAGGGGGACAGGGUGCAAUGUUUCAGCUGCAGUGCCACUGUGCAGAACUGGAACAGAGGUGACACCCCAUUGGAGAGACAUCAGCAGGCAUCUCCGGAGUGCAGGUUCCUCAGCUGUGCUCACGGCAUGAGAAACUCCAAUUCCAUCCAGAGUCCUGAUUACGAUGAAGAGGCAGAGAAUAGAGAGUUUCUACUCCGCACGGGAGAGGUGGUGGACGAGUCCAUGUAUCCUGUUGUGCCGUAUAUGAAGAGUGAAGAAGCGCGCCUGAGUACUUUCAACAACUGGCCUGCAGACUCUCCAGUUCAGCCUGAAGACCUGGCAGAAGCAGGGAUGUAUUAUGUUGGGAGGGACGACAAUGUGCAGUGCUUCUGUUGUGGAGGGGGUCUUAGCGGAUGGGAGCAAGGCGAUGAUCCUUGGAGUGAACAUGCGAAGUACUACCCAAACUGCUUCUUCUUCUUGGGCCACAAUGUAGGCAACGUGCCUCUGACAACACCUAGGCCAAGAGCUAAUGUCCACCCUACGGACACUUUUGAGGGGCGUCUUGAUAGCUUCAGAGGCAGACAGCAUCCGAUUGACCCUGAGAGAUUGGCCAGAGCUGGUUUCUACAGCACAGGUGAUCAAGACCGUGUGAUUUGCUUCAAAUGUGGAGGAGGAGUGAAGGCAUGGAUGCCUGAGGAAGACCCUUGGGAGGAACAUGCCAGACACUAUCCAGGUUGCAGUUUCCUUCUGGCAGAAAAAGGAGAAGAAUAUGUCAGCAGUGUUCAACUGAGAUAUCCAAAGAGGCCAACUCAGAAUGGCUUUUCAAGUCAUGAAAGCGGUUCUUCAGCCCAGGCAUUCAUUCAAGACCCCAGUGACAUGUUUGAGAAAGCGGAUGACCCAAUGAUGGAACUUGAGAAACUACAGAGGGAGAAGCUCUGUAAGGUCUGCAUGGACAGUGACAUCAGCAUCGUUUUCAUACCCUGCGGACACCUGGUCACCUGUCAAAAAUGUUCACAGUCCCUAGACAAGUGUCCCAUCUGCUGUGCUACCAUCACACAGAAGAUAAAGACGUACAAUGCCUAAAUGACAAAGAAGCCAGCCUUCCAUAUGAACCCCGAAGUUCACUGAAAGUGGCAGAAUGUAAACCUCAUUCCUACAAUUGCACAUGUGUAAAUGUGUCAAAUUUGAUUUAAGGUGUGUGUGUGUUUGUAUAUAUGUGUUGAUGUACUAAAUUCUUAU